CUCGUGGUCACGCAGAUGUGAAAGAUCGCGCGGAAUGCGUGCUGGCGCUCGAGCCCGAGUUGGAGCUCGUGAAAGGCGCACAGAGCGCGAGACCUUCUGCACGACUUUUAUCAUGGAUUUAAUAGCAAGUGUGAAAGGGAAAGAUACCCUUUAAAUUGAGUCAGCUGCAUUUCUGCAGACUAAAACAACAUACUUGACGAAUAAACUUUCAAUAUUUCCAAAGAAAAUGUCCAGCCAGAAGGUGUCGGAGCGAGAAGGGAGCGAUGAUUCGGACACGGACCUGCUGCUCGCGACGCUCUCACCGGAGGAGGUGCAGGAGCUCGAGCUCGAGCUCGUUUACAUCGACCCCGACCCGAGUGUACCGGUGGGACUCCGCCAGCGGAACCAGACGGACAAAGUACCGUCCAGAGGAUAUAACAGAGAGGCUAUGCUGGACUACUGUGAGCGGGAGACCAAGAAACUGAUCCGGAGAGAGCUGAGCGCAGAGGGAGGGGAUGGUAGAAGGAGAGAUCGACUCCGCCGGGUGAGGAGCAGAGAGUUUUCCAGAUCGCAGAGUGGCGAUCCUCCCGACACGGAGAGCAGAAAUUCUGAGAGCCAAAAAGAUAAGGAGAGAGCAAGAAAAAGUGAGGAUGACUCUAGGAAUCUAUCUGAUGAAGAAGAAGAAGUCAAUGAGAAGAAAAGGGAGGAGGAGGAGGAGAAGAGAGAAAGUGAGAGAACAGCUAAUAAGACAGAAAGUGGAAAAGAGCUUUCUAUGAGAGUAAGAGGAAGCAGCAAAACUCUAGACCUCAUAUCUAAACUGCAAGAGAAGAAAGAGGAUAAGAAAGAAAUAGGGAGGAAGGAGGUGAAAAAGGUGAGUGAAAACUCCAAAAUACGAGGGUUUGUCUCCAAACUGCAGGGGGGUAAAGACACUGAAGACCAAAAAUUAAAAGACAGUGAGGCAGACGUCAAGAAACAAUAUGAAAGCAGAAAUAAAACCAUAGAAGAACCAAAGAACAACAGAGCAGGAGGAAGAAUAAACCUUAAAGAUGCAGAAACAGAGGAGAAGAGAAGCAGAUUUAGAAAUAUGGAAGAAAGAAGUAGAAGAAAAGAGAAAGAAGAGGAGGAUGAGAAACUUCACUCCCAGAGAGAUACAACCAGAGCACCGAAAGAACGUGAAAAAGAAGUGAAACGAUCAGAAAACAUUGAAGUGAAAAUAUCUAACAUUUCCAGCUAUAGCUCAGUGAACUCUCAUUGCAUGGAUGACCCUUCUGUCACUACUGAGGAGGAUGAGUCUUUUAGCGAAGAUUUGGACAGUGACACUGGCUUCAGCAUGUUUGAUGAUCUUCUGGAGCAGGUUCGCAGCGAUGACCCUGAACUAACAGAGAUCAACGUCAAUAAUUCAGACGCCAUCAAGACAGACACCCUGAUCCAGUUAGCCGAAGGUCUUCGCAGCAACACUCACAUCAAAACCUUCUGCCUUGCAAACACGAGAGCGGAUGAUCAUGUCGCGUUCACCAUCUCUGCAACCCUACGAAAUAAUUCGACCCUGACCAGCAUCAACCUCGACUCGAAUCAUUUGACAGGCAAAGGUAUCCUGGCCAUUAUCAACUCUCUUCAGCACAACAGCACCCUUAUGGAGCUGAGGUUUCAUAACCAGAGACACAUUUGCGGAGGGAAGACUGAGAUGGAGAUGGCCAAAGUCUUACGUAACAACUCUUCACUGCUGAAGCUGGGAUAUCACUUUGAGCUGGCUGGGCCCAGGAUGGCCAUGACGAACAUCUUGAGCCGCAACAUGGACAGGAAGAGGCAGCAACGACUAGAAGCGCAAAAACUCGCCAGACAGGAGACCGACUCCACCCCGUGUGAAGAUAAGAGCUCACCUGAGAAGAGUAAGCCAAUAACAUCAGCAAUCAACACUCAAAAGAAAGACUCGAAAUUUGCUGCCCACAGAUUCACUUGUUCUCAGGAAACUCCUAAAGCUCCACCCACAAAGCUACUGUCUAGACACCUCCCAUCAGAGGUAACAGGAAAGAAAGAAGGGGAAACAGGAAUUCGACAAGCUCCUCCUCCACCACCCCCACCUGGCCCAGCAUUAGAUGUUCAGGCCCUGAGGAGGUCGCUGACCCCAGUCUCUCAGAGGAAACCAGACAGCAGUGCUGCUGUCCAAAAGACGGACAGGGGCUCCAGAGAUCAGCUGCUGGACUCGAUCAGAAACAGCGGCAUGAACGCUCUCAAAAAGGUUGAAAUCCCUAAGUGGUUGAGAUAGUAUCUGUCCAGUGUACGUGCUUCUACCUUCAGACUCCCCUGCAGUCCCCCAGUGACCCGUCAUCAUGGAGGAUUCCUCCUUAACCGGCUCAGACACUCCGAAAUACAGCCAGUUUGGAUUAUUUGAUAUCUAAACUGACAGCAAAGCAGUCAACAUUCAAGCUUUUAGGGGCAUCUGUUGGUGUUUAAGGACUCUCAGAGAAAGAUUUGUCAAAAAAAUUAGAUACAUUUAAAAUAUUUGUUCUCAACUUUUGGCAUGCUUACAAUAUUCUUAAAUACUAAGAUAUAAUAAAGUACUAAUCAUUACUCUGUCUAGAAUGCAAUAUGCUAAAAAAACGAAAUAUUGUCAAAAAAGCCCCAAGUAUGAUCUUCUUUCAUGCUACUGUAUGUGUUUGUUAAAUAGCAGAACCUUCUACAUGAGAUCUAUAAACUAUUCUGAUUAUGUAUGUGGUAUUGAGUUUAAUUUCAUGCUCAAUCUGUUUAUGGCCAUGGAUUUUUCAUCUGGACUUUUGGAGUUUUUAGUUUUAGCUUCUGUAUUAUAUUCACUACUGUUUAAAAAAAAUAAAAAAAAUAACUAUAAAAUAAUUAUUUUGUUCAUCAUGGAUUCAUUACAAACGCUAUUCAUCAAAAAGUUCAUCAAACAACCCUCCAUUUGUAUCAAUGACAGCUGUGCACACAAUAUACAUUCUAGUAUUGAGUGAAUAUUGUUAAUUUAUUUAAAACCAUAAAUCGAUGAUAGUGUACAGUACAAGGAGGAAAAAUAAAACAAUUAGAAAAAAGCACUCCCUUUCAAAUCUUGCAAACAUUACCACAUCCAUGGGCAGCAUUUACUGAUAUAUAUCUGAUAUAUAAGUUAGAUAUCACUUGAGAAGUUUUGCAUUAGCGAAUAUGACCUACCUGAGAUCUCUGUAUAUGUAAUCUUACCUGAUACGGAUUAAACAUUUUGUCUGCAUCGCAUUGGA